UCGAGAUUGCAAAAACAAAUACACCAUUUGCUUGAAGAGCCGCACCACACCGUACACAACGCCCCAGCCUCGCAGCUGCACCACUUGGUCGACAUCACACACAGACAGACCACACACAUCCUGCCAGUGACUGGGUAGGUUCCACCAUUCCUGCCGUAUUUAUUGUGUGGGCUGCGUCGACCAAUGGACAGCGGGAUACCCUCCCCGCCAAGCAGUUUAGUGUAUUGGUCAGAUCGUCACAUGAGUGUGUCGACACCGAGAUACACACAGCACAGGAAGUCAAUAUACUACAUAGCAUCCAUCCAUCCAUCCAUCGACAGGGACGGCAUGCACAGAUCACGACUUACACACCCAUCUAGGUAUCUGCCUUGGCUGACACUACAGGGCGUGCCUGCCUGCCUCUGCCUUACCCACAACUCACUCGCACACAUAUUCAUUACACACACACACACACACACACACAACACACACGCACAUAUGCGUCGCAUCACAUCGCAUCGCAUCGGAUCGGAUCAUCUUCUCUCGGGUGUGGGGGGAUAGUCGCGGGGGUGCUCUUCCUGCACACCACACCCAACGCAACACAAUCCACUCCACAGCAAAGAUAGACGGACAUCGGUUCGGUGUGUGCGUGUGACCUACCGCCAUUGUGGCGAGCAUACCCAUGCGCUGAUUGUCAACAAUGCCUGACACAGCACAGCGCAGCACGCACAGGCAGCUGCGCGUGCACGAAGCGCUUCUUGCGUGCUGGGUGGAACCUUCAAUGUUGGGAUCGAUCGACGCCUGCACGGCCGCCGCCGCAAGCUGGCAGAAAUCACACAAGCAGAUAGGACCUACCAUCUGUCUGUGCACCCUCUCGCUCACCGUGUUGAGAUCUGUCGGCUCGUCCACCCCAGAGAGGCCGAAGCCGACGUAGUUGAGCAUCGUCUCGUUGACGGCGCUGCCUGCAGGCAAUAUUCAUAUCAGAACCUGAGUGAGUGUGCAUCCGUCCGCAUUUGAGCAUCCAUCCAUCCAUCAAGACUGCCGUGCUGACCGAUCUUGAGGAGGGAGGCCAUUUGCGGCGAUCCCGGCUUCGACUCGUGGUAAAUCAUGCCUGCAUGGCAUCGAUCAAUGAAUCAACACUGUCGAUUCGAUUGCCUUUCGUUUUCUGCCCACCUGCAUACAAGAAGGCCGACCUCAGCUCAUCGUGGCCGUAGGUGCGGAGCUCCUGCCCAUGACAACACACGACGCGCCGUACGUAUGGACAGUACGUAUGGACAGCCCUCUGUGCUGUGUUGCUUGCUUGCUUGCUUGCUUGCUUGAUUGGUGUGUGUGGUUAGACACAUACAUUUUCGACGUCCCUCUUGGCGAGUAUGUAUCUCUGGAGGAAGGGCGGGGCGCUCUUGGCCGACACAAAGACAAACGACUGCACGGGGGGCAGUCUCCGGGCCUCGCGAGCCACAACCAACGCCUGAGCCAAUUUUGCCAGUGAAUGAGGGGUGCUCAAGGCUUGAUGUUGCCCCUACCUACCGUAUCUCUGUUGACUUGCUCAUAUGACAGACCUGCGCACGUUGAACAAAGGGAAAGCAUAACGCAUCCAAUCCAUGCACUAUAAUGUGCGUGUCCGUCUUCUCACCAGCGCCAGACGCCUGAGAGCCGCUGACGAACUUGUUCAAGUUGUUCUCUGCACCCCUCAUACACAGGGCAUCGCAUCCAUCGGUGCGGUGCCCGUGUCGUGUCGUGUCGUGUCGUGUCGUUUCUCAGCGAGUGCGUGUACCGAGGAGAAUGCCGAUAGAGUGAAUGACUCCAUUGCAGGUCUCCAGGUGGGAGCGGAAAGAGGGCGGGUCCAGGGCACUCCCCGCCACCCACUGCACCUCCUUCGCCCACGGCUGAUGGAUGGAUGGAUUGACGACGCGUACAUACACGCCCAACAACAAGAACAGGUCACAUUUCAUGCGCCGCCUCUGUCUGUGUUUCUUUGUUUAUGUUUGCAUGGCGCCUCACCUCUUUGGCUAUCUUGUCUGUCGCCUUGCCUCGACGGCUGCAUCCAUCCAUCCAUCCAGUCCAGUCAUGAAUCAACUUAGAUCACAGAUGCGAUGCGCGUUGUGCGAUAAGUGUUUGGUGCAGACCUCAGGCUGACGACUUCGAUGCCUCUUUCGAUGGCCUUGCGGCAGAUCUGUGAGCCCACAAACCCGUUGCCACCCAGCACCAGGAUCUUCAUCGCUGAACGCAGCUCUUAUGGCGUCAUCCUGCCUUGCUCACUCGCCUUAGCUGACGCUGCUCCCAAUAUGCUCCUGCUCCUCGAGGGGGAAGAUUGCC